UGCGUCAUAGACCUUUCCCUCCCUCUUCCCUCUCUUCCCCGUCCCUCUUUUCAAAAAGCUUUUUGCCUUCACAAGCUCGCCAACCGGCUACUCACCAACAAGCACUUUUCUCUCGAAUAACCAACUAACCAACACAAAAUGUGUGACGACGAAGUUGCUGCAUUGGUGGUUGACAAUGGCUCGGGAAUGUGCAAGGCGGGCUUCGCAGGAGAUGACGCUCCUCGUGCCGUCUUCCCUUCCAUUGUUGGACGCCCUCGCCAUCAGGGUGUCAUGGUGGGCAUGGGCCAAAAGGACUCGUACGUUGGUGACGAGGCCCAAUCAAAGCGUGGUAUUCUUACGCUUAAGUAUCCGAUCGAGCACGGAAUUGUCACCAACUGGGAUGACAUGGAGAAGAUUUGGCAUCACACUUUCUACAACGAAUUGCGUGUCGCACCCGAAGAACACCCCGUCCUCCUUACUGAAGCCCCCCUCAACCCCAAGGCCAACCGUGAGAAGAUGACCCAGAUUAUGUUCGAGACCUUCAACACCCCGGCCAUGUACGUCGCAAUCCAGGCCGUGUUAUCGCUGUACGCUUCCGGUCGUACCACCGGUAUCGUGCUCGACUCCGGCGACGGCGUCUCUCACACUGUUCCGAUUUACGAAGGUUACGCCCUUCCUCACGCUAUCCUCCGUUUGGAUUUGGCUGGUCGCGAUUUGACCGAUUACUUGAUGAAGAUCCUAACUGAGCGCGGCUACUCCUUCACCACCACUGCGGAACGAGAAAUCGUUCGUGACAUCAAAGAGAAACUCUGUUACGUCGCCCUUGACUUCGAGCAGGAAAUGGCCACGGCCGCUUCAUCCACUUCUUUGGAGAAGUCUUACGAGCUACCCGACGGUCAGGUCAUCACCAUUGGCAAUGAGCGUUUCCGUUGCCCAGAGGCAAUGUUUCAGCCCAGCUUCUUGGGUAUGGAAUCUUGUGGCAUCCACGAGACGACCUACAAUUCCAUCAUGAAAUGCGACGUCGACAUCCGUAAGGAUCUCUACGCCAACACCGUCUUGUCUGGAGGCACCACGAUGUACCCAGGCAUCGCUGACCGUAUGCAGAAAGAGAUCACUGCUCUGGCGCCUUCCACGAUGAAGAUCAAGAUAAUUGCCCCGCCUGAGCGUAAAUACUCCGUCUGGAUCGGUGGUUCCAUCUUGGCCUCUCUGUCCACCUUCCAACAGAUGUGGAUUUCCAAGCAAGAGUACGACGAGUCUGGACCUUCUAUUGUCCACCGCAAGUGCUUUUAAGUCAACACUAAAUUUGAGGAACGUUAACCCGACAGCUGCAUCGCUUCUCAAAACAACAACCAAAAACAACAUUGCUGCAACUGCACUAAAACUAUGCGGCGCGUUAUUUUCCACUCUCAUUCCACUCUCUCGAUGCCCGUUUAUUUUCGAAUCAGGCAAUAAUUGUCUAAUUUUCUAUUCUUGGCUGGCAACUGUUCCAACACUCUUCUCCCUCCGUUCCAUUAUUCACUGUAAUAUGUACCAUGUGGGCGUGGGCUGUAUUAAUAAUAACAACUAUUCCAACAACUAUAUCCCCUAUUUGAUCGCUAGUCGUUUGCGAUCCCUCGUCACCCACCUCUUCCAUGUCCUUCCAAUUGCAUUUUUUCUGUCUUGACUAGGACCAAUACAAUAUUAAAUUCCCA